AUGAGGCUUCCCUUUUGCUAUCCGAGGUACUUCCUCGUCGCGGCGCUUUUGUUAGGGAUCGUCGGUAUCCUUCCGGUCAUCAUCCACCUGCACUUUGGGAUUGAUCCAUUUCUCGAGGAUAGUGAUCCGAAGAGAGACUACUUGCUUAAUAAGGAUCCGGGUCAAUCCACUGAUUCCACCACUCUGGAUCUCUUCGGCCAGGAUGCAGGCGAAGAACUUAAAGGACCAGAGGAAAAUGUGCAUCAAAAUAGUGAGUCUCGUGACACAGUAAACAGAGUUAAAGAUGGCCAAUCUGACAAUGAUGGAAAUACAGGAACUCAUGAGAAUAAUGUAACAAUUGCCACCACCGAGGAGAUGAGUGAGUUAUCUGAUCAAGGAACUCUAGAAGAAGACACUAAACGAUUAUACACUCUAGGUGGGACAAAGGAGAGGAUAUGGGAGAUGGAAGAUCAGCUAAUCAUGGCUAAGGCUUAUUUGGACUUUGUCCCUAAAGCCAACAACACUCUCUUGAGACAAGAGCUGAAGCUGAGAACCAGAGACAUAGAAAAAGCACUCGGUCAAGCCAACAAAAGUUCUGAUUUCUCAAUGAGUGCUUUGCAGACAAUCAGAGCAAUGGAAGCAACCUUGUCCAAAGCCCACAGGGCUUAUCCGGAUUGCUCAGAAAGGGCAUACAAAAUACGUUCCUCGUUGGAGAAAAAAGAAGAAGAGUUGAGAACUGUACAGAAUGAACUCUUGUAUCUCGUGCAUGUUGCUUCUACAUCCCUACCUAAGGGUAUCCAGUGCUUGUCAUUGCGGCUCACUUCAGAGUAUUUCACCUCUAAUCCCAAGGAUCACAAACUCUUGGUGGACAGACACAAAGUGCAGAAGCCUUACUUGCAUCAUUAUGCUGUAUUCUCGGACAAUGUGCUAGCAUGUGCAGUAGUUGUGAACUCAACGAUUUCCUCAUCUCAGGAACCUGAGAAAAUCGUUUUCCAUGUGGUGACUGAUUCUCUAAACUUUCCAGCAAUAACAAUGUGGUUUCUGUUGAACCCUCCUACUCCAGCCACGAUUGACAUUCUAGUCUGGGAUAAUUACGAACAACUAGCUGCUAAUUUCAGUCCAACAGAAGAGCUGGUCGGCAUUCGAGACCCAGCUUAUACUUCUACCGUCAACCGCCUCCAGUUUUUCCUGCCAAAUCUUUUUCCUUUCUUGCAUAAAAUUCUGGUUCUGGAUCACGAUGUGGUGGUGCAGAGAGAUUUAAGCUGGCUGUGGAGGAUAGAUAUGAAGGGUAAAGUCACUUGUGCCGUCAAGAUGUGUAAUCAUCAAUUGGAAGACCUUCUUGACUUCACAGAUCCGAUCCUGUCAAGUAGCUUUGAUCCAAAGGCUUGUGUGUUGGCAUUUGGGAUGAAUAUGUUUGACCUGAAUGAGUGGCGCAAGCAAGGUUUAACUGCAAGUUAUGGAAACUGGAUACAAAAGGGAAUAACUAGGAAAUUUCGGACAGGCGAGGGAUGGCCAUUGGCUCAGCUCGUAUUUUACAACGACACGGCUUAUCUCGACGGGGGGUGGCACUUGCUAGGACUCGGCAAUGACCCGAAUGUAAGGAGAGAAGAGAUCAAGAAAGCAGCAGUUAUCCACUACAGUGGGACAAGGAAACCGUGGAUCGAUAGCGCGAUUCGGGAAUACAAGAACUACUGGGAUAAGUAUCUUAACUACAAUAACCCAUCCUUGCAGAAGUGCCACGUUCAUAAUAAUUAGUUGCAGCCAUAACAUGAUUUUGUCUGCUAAUGGUUGACACAUUCUUUUAUUCUUUUUCACUUUAGCAUUAGUGUAGACCAUUAGUUUCACUUCUUCUUUUUGCCUCCAUCCUGCCUCACUAUAUGCCCUCGUGUAAGUACUCUUUGAUCGUUUUCUGUUUUUCUCUUCUCCUUUGAGGACAUAA